AUGAACGUGCUUCCCUGUUUUCGUGGACGCGCUCGAGAAUGCCUGCCUUUCGUAGCAAAUAAAGUUGGAUUUAUUCAAAGUCAAACCAAUCCGGAGCAAUGGCAAUACAUUGGGACAAGGGACAAUCCUGCUGAAAUGUGUUCUCGUGGAAGCAAAGCAGCUCACCUGAUUGACAGUGUGUUAUGGUGGCGAGGUUCUCAAUUUCUGCCAAAGACGGAGUUGGAGUGGCAACUGAAGAAUAUCGUUAACGAAGGAGGCAUUGGUCGCAAGAUGGAGUACACGUUGACUUGCUUAGUUCAACCUACCGUUUCUUCAAGCAGUCCUUCGUGGAGAUUGAAUCCAUGA